AAGUUCUGGCGCUUAGCUGUUCAUUAACUGAGCACGAAUUGAAAUGUUAUCGAUAUAUUUGCCUAUCGGUGUGCUGUAGCCCUGGUUAACUCACGUUGGUUUUUGUUUUUGACCUAAACAAGCUGGAUAUGACGGAAAUAAGCAAACCAAAUAUAUUAAUUACCGGCACACCUGGCGCCGGCAAAUCGUAUUUGUGCGAGCGUUUGGCCACACAAUUGAAAUUCAGCUGGCUGGACUGCUCGAAAAUUGCAAAGGAAAACAAUUUCAUUGAGGAAUAUGACAAGGAAUACGAUUGCCCCAUACUCGAUGAGGAUAAGCUCAUGGACUAUCUGGAGCCGCUGAUGGCCAACGGCGGCAACAUUGUCGAAUACCAUGGCUGUGAUUUCUUUCCGGAGCGCUGGUUCCAGGCCGUCUUCGUUGUUAAAUGUCCCAACGAGACGCUCUACGACAGACUCAAGGAGCGCAACUAUAACGAGAAGAAGCUAACAUCCAAUAUACAAUGCGAAAUAUUCGGCACAAUAUUGGAGGAAGCACGCGAAUCGUAUAAGGAGGACAUCAUUUACGAGUUGAGCGGCGAAACCAAGGCGGAUGCCCAAAAUAGCCUAAAAACAGUUAAAAAUUGGUACAGCAUGUGGAAACGCAAGUAAAACCCAGACUACAAAUAUCAACAAACUAUUUAACUGGUUGCUGAGGGUGGCAUAACUUUAACAGGGAGACAACUCAGAAUCUAUAGAGUAGAAAUAUUCUUCCACCAGCGAGUCAAUAUUGCUAUCUA